AUGGUGGUCUCCCAGUACAUGGCGGCGGCGCCGGGGGACUGGAUGCGGGUGAGCUGCGAGUCCUCCAGGCGCGCCAGGAGGCCGCUCCGCUGGCUGAAGAACCCCGUGAGGCCGUGCCGGAUCACCUCCGCCGUGCCGUCGCUCCAGCUCGACAGCGUGGACGGCCCCACGUCGAGGCGCAGCACGAAGCAGUCCUCCCCGUCGACCUGCUUCUCGCCGGCGUGCUCCGCCGUCGAGAAGAUGGACGCGAUCAUCACCGGGUCCAGGCCCUGCAUGUGCAUGGACAAGAUCGACAUUCAAUUCGAAACCACAUCAUAG